CAAGGCCGCUUUAGAGGUCGCCGCUCAUUAUUAGUAUUAUUGCAUAACAGUGCACUUGAAUUGCAGUUUUAGGGCGAAAAACUGUUUUCGUAGUCAUCGAUAGAGUAGUGUUUACGUGUAGUCGUAUCAGCAUUUUACGUUAUCUCAUUCAUUUAGUCACAAUUCUCCUUCCUUGUUUACUUCAAUGGCCACAAUUUACGACCUCUUCGUCUCACAUUAGUGGGAUGGGCUCAAAUAUUUCAACCAGUUUUUAUUUUUAAUUCAAUUCAGUGGCGCCAUUCAAGGCUGAAUUCUCGUCGAAGUGGUGAAAAGAAAUGAAUUACGUCUAAUUACGCCACGGUUUUUCUUCACUUAGGUAGGUUAGGAUUUUACGACACAUUUUUAUACAGGGGGUGAUCCACAAUUUGGGCGAAAUGUCUCAAGUUCGCAUUUGUUUGGAGAAUUAUUCUGGGACAUAUUAUGCCGGAUCUGAGAUUAGGGGCCGGCUUGAGUGUUAUUUUGAUGAAGAGACUACUGUUAGAGGAAUAAAACUUGAGAUCAUAUGUAGGGAACAUAAUGAGUGGACUGGGACUGAGGAGUAUAAGGACCCAACAGACAAUUCCACUAAAACACGACAUAUUACUUUAACCGGGGAUCAUGACGUGUUUCAUGUUAAACAGAUGUUGUUUGGGUCUGAAUCUGGGAGUCGGGAGGUGUCUAGGGGGCGCCAAGUGUACCCUUUUUCGUACCAUUUACCCUACGAUAUUCCUUCGAGCUAUCAUGGCCCCCAUGGCUCCAUCACUUUCAAACUAAAGGCUGUGGUUGAUAGACCCAUGCGGGUUGAUUAUGAGGAUAAGUUUAUUUUUAAUGUCAUCUCCCCGAUUGAUUUUAACAGGUUGUCAAAGGACUUACAAGAAAUGACUUCGUACUCGGACGAAAAAACUGUAUGUUGCUGGUGUUGCCAAGGUGGCAACAUUUCCGUUGAAAUAGAAUUACCAAAAAUCGCAUUCAUACCUGGCGAAACUGUUCCGUUUAAGAUUAACGUAACGAAUCUGUCCAACACAAAUGUAGAAAACAUAAAAAUAAAAUUUCGGAAAACUGUCACCUUCAGGGUGACAGACCCCCACAUUGAAACAAAAGAAGACGUUGAUGAUAUUCUAUCGUUUGGGGACCACGGUGUGGGGGCCCACGGCCAGCACACUUUUGAUCUGACCCUUGCAAUUCCUCCCGGACUUGAAGUCCCCAAUUUCACCAGAUGUGAUUUAUUCAAAGUUGAGUAUCUACUAAAAGUGACCGCGGAAAUGGCUUCCUGCACUAUGGACCUGGACGUCGAAGCAUGGGACGUCCAGCUGGGGCACAUCCAAUAUGCAGAGGCUACCACCCAUCCCCCAACCCACUCCUAUCCUCCUCCUUCAGGCGGGGCAUAUCCACCCCCUUCUGGAGGAACAUACCCACCUCCUUCUGGAGGAACAUACCCACCGCCCUCCGGGGGGACAUACCCACCCCCUUCUGGAGGAGCAUAUCCACCUCCUUCUGGAGGAACAUACCCACCGCCCUCCGGGGGGACAUACCCACCCCCUUCUGGAGGAGCAUACCCACCGCCCUCCGGAGGAGCAUACCCACCUCCCUCUGGAGGGGCAUACCCACCUCCCUCUGGAGGGGCAUACCCGCCCCCGCCUGGAGGUGCGUAUCCGCCUCCAGCUGGGGGGUAUCCUCCUGCAGGUGGAACCUCCCCCGGUUUUUAUCCUCCUCCAGGAGGGUCGUAUCCUGGUCCAUACACUCCCCAGUUUCCUGGUUAUCCUUCAAAUCCUCCGGAAAAAACAUCACCGGGACCCCCUUCCGCCCCAAUGGAUGACAACCCCAAGGCUAGGGAGGCAGCAAUGGGCGGUCCGUCAGCACCCAGUAGUGCACCGGAGGCCCCGCCCCCGACGUACAGCGAAGUGCAGCAAAGCGCCAACUUACCGUACCCUCCUAAAUAAUUAUCUAGUUUCCAGAAAACACAUUUAUUUUUAUUUGUAAGGGUUAUACAGUUGACAAUAGGGCCACUAUUGUUGGUUAAGUGCACUUGCUUUUUGUAGAUAUGUAUUGUGCCAUUUGUGACAUUUUACAGUGAUAUUGGGUCAAGUUUGUAAUUGUAUCAUGUGUUUCAGCAUUUGUUGCGUUUUGCUGGAUUGUGUACAUUUUGAUUUGUUCGUCGAAACACCUGAUAGACAGAGAUAUAUGUUUAUAUAGGCUUUUGCUAGUUUAUCUAUUACGUUGUAAGAGCAGUUUUUAUAAUAUCCUUUUAUAUCUGUUUGAAAUAAAUAAAGCUUUUGCAUGUA